GUCCGAGACUGUAUCAACCUCGUACUUCUUUAUUGCCCUCUACAUAACCCCCACCCGCAACGUAUACCGCUGGAAACUCGUCAUGUCGCCCACAAAACUGCCAACAGGCCGCGUCCUACUCUCCGAAAUCAAACAGAACCCCGCCACACGCGAGUGGUAUUCCUAUCAUCGACACGAUAUGAUUUCACCUGCGGAUGACCCCACGUUUGUUGGCUGUGUCGUCCUUCCGCGGCCUUAUGUCUGUGAAUCGAGUACAGAGGAGGUGGCGCAGUGGGUGAGAAACUUCCCGUCAGUGAACGGGAGGGCGAAGCGGGAAUGGAAUAACGAGAGGUGGUGUAUAUGGUUAUUGAGGACCCUGGACCAACCGAGACCGGCGGGACAGGAUCAGGGUUCUAGUGGGGAUUCGAACGGGCAGGUGGUGUUGGAUGAUGGGAUGGGAGUGGGAGCAAUGGGGGAGAGAGAGUUGUAUGAUAGGGUUUAUGACGCCGCUAGAGCGUUUGGAGGCGCUGGUAGGUGUAUAUUUUACGCUGGUGGUAAAGGGAUCCCAUUCUCUAUCUUGAGCACGGAAUAGUAUAAUCGCCGUUUCGUUUCUUUGAGUUGCAGGGGUAUGUAUUGACCGAGUGUGUUGUAUUUUUGUUCUUUACCUUUACUAGAGUUGUAUGUCAAGUACUAGUGGCUUCCGGC